UCAUCAGGCACUAAGUCCUAAAAGUCACACACGCGUUUCAGCUCCGCUUUUCAUUCUCUGAGUUUCCUAUUUCACUUUGUACUGGUAAUCCUCAGUCUCCAAAAACAAUCUGCAUUUCAAUAACAUAAACCCAUCCCCAGAAUCUGUUUGUUUUUAGAUUCAAUCUGCAAAAUGGCUUCACGAGAAGCGCCACCGCCUCCGCCGCCUGGUAUGGGAGUGGGACCACCCAACUCCUACACUCCAAACAUACCCAACAACACGCUGGCUCCCAAUUCUACCGCUAAUUCGAUGAUGCAAAACCCUCGUUUUCCCUUCAAUUCUAUGGUAACUUCUGCACCAACAACUUUGGAUUCUUUGAACUCACAGUACAACAAUGGAUCGCAGUCUUCUGGGUUUAAUCCAGGUGGGUUCAGCGUCGACGCGGCGAGGAAGAAGAGAGGGCGGCCGAGGAAGUACUCCCCCGACGGUAACAUUGCUCUGGGUCUGGGCUCUACCCCUAUUUCUUCAGUGGGCCAUGGAGAUUCCACUGUUGCGUCGCCGUCGUCGUCUGCCAAACGGAGUCGGGGAAGGCCAGCGGGUUCAGGGAAAAAGCAGUUGGAUGCUUUAGGAUCUUCUGGAGUUGGUUUUACGCCACAUGUUAUAUUGGUCAAACCUGGCGAGGAUAUAGCAUCGAAAAUCAUGGAAUUUUCGCAACUAGGACCACGUACUGUAUGUAUUCUUUCAGCAAAUGGUGCCGUCCGUCGUGUCACCCUUCGCCAACCCGCAAUGUCUAAUGGCACUGUGACAUAUGAGGGACGAUUUGAGAUUAUCUCUUUAUCGGGUUCCCUCUUGCUGUCAGAAAAUAAUGGUAACCACAGCCAAACAGGUAGUCUGAGUGUGUCCUUGGCAGGGCCAGAUGGUCGAGUUUUGGGUGGUGGAAUUGAGGGAAUGCUAGAGGCUGCGACAUCAGUUCAGGUAAUUGUGGGAAGCUUUCUUGAAGAUAGAAAAAAAAUAAAAUCCGGGCUUCCUUCAACACCUAGCUUGAAUUUUGGUGCAGCAGUUGCAGCAGCAAGUGCUCCCUCCCAAGGAGCCUCAAGUGAGUCAUCCGAUGAGAACAAUAACGGUCCUCUUAACCAGGGGGGUUCAGGAUUUUAUAAUAAUGCUAGCCAACCCAUUCAUGGUAUGUCAAUGUAUUCAAACAUGGACUGGCAAACUCCACGGUAAAGUUGCUUCCCAACUGACAACACAAUUGUUUAGGAUAUUUUCUUAGUUGAUGCUCUUAUGGAGUUACAGGUUGAUUGCGGAUACUAAUAGAUAAUUUCUAGGUGCUCUUCUUUUCUCUUCUAGACUUGAAUACUUCUAUGAUUUUUAUUUCGAGUUGGUUCACAUUUUCUUCA